UCCGUAACCUCUUAUUCUGGUUACCCUUUUAUCUUUUUCAAUCGACGGCACAAUCCUGAAAUUGAAUCCUUACUUUUUAUCUAUUUCCUUUCAUAGAUUCAGUCGUAGCUACAGUUAAUACAUUGAAUCCAGUUCCAGUUCCAGUUCUCGUUUGCGGGGCUGCAUCAGAGGCUCGAGAGAGUUCAAGCACAAAAGGGUUCUUCACCUCCGAGUCAGACGUACUAGUUUCAGCAUCAGGAAUUCAAGUGAAUAGCGGAUACUGGUGCUCUUUGGAAGGCGUUUCUACUUUGGAAUAAUUUCUCUUAGCAGGACUUCAAUUUUAAGGGUUAAAAUGUAUGUGGUAGAAUGUGUGCCACCAGCUGGCAACAGAGAAAGGGCUCAAACAAAUCGAAUACUGUAGACACAACUUAACCACCUGAUUUCGUAUUAUCUUGAAAUCUGGAGUCAAUAUCAAAUUAAUUAUUUAAAAUACUGAAAAUCACUUGAGCUACCAUUGUCUUGGGGGCUCUGGCAUCAAUUGUUUUUCACCUCUCAUGAUUGAAGUUCCCUCACUAGAACUGACUACUUCCUUCCUGAUGGCAAACUUGUGCCCUUCUCCGCCCUUUUGUUUUCUCCCAUUUCACAAAGCUCUUCCCAAAACCUGCCUUAUUUUCUCCUACAACAUCCCGCCGCUGCGCCACCGCCACUUUCACACAGUAUUUGCUUCCUCAGUCAAGAAAGCUGGGACUACAAAGAAGGUUAUGACCAAUGCUGAUCUCUGCAAGAAUAUUCGGGAGUUUGUCAAUGAUUUUGGAUUUCCUGAGGGUCAUGUUCCUUCUAUGAAGGAGCUUUCUCAUCAUGGGAGACAGGACCUUGCAAACAUUGUCAGAAGAAGAGGAUACAAAAUGCUAAGGGAUCUUCUGGCAACAUCAGCAGAGACUGACAAAAAUGAGUUUGACACUAAGGAAAGCUUCACAACUGAACAGGGUGAGAAAGUAGAAGACAACGCUGAUGAUGUUGUGAACGAACAGGGUGAGAAAGUAAGAGAUUCAACCAAAGACAUUUUGUUACAAAGUGGAAUUCAUGGAAUGAGAGAUGUCAUUGAAGAUGUGUCUUUGAACAGUGACAUUUUGUUACAUGGUGGAAAUGAAGCAAGUGUUGCUGUUUCUUCUAAUUCUGACAAGGAAAUAGAUGUCAAAAAAUAUCCUUUACAUAUUGAACACGACGAAGAGGGAGAUGUUGCCAAUGAGUAUUUACGCAGUGAAACUGGUAGUGGUGAACAGGAAGAGUUUUGUAAGGAUGUUUCUAAUUUGCCAAGUGUAAAAGAUGAAGAUGGAAUUGUCCUAGAAGAUUUUUCAUCACAGACUAAAGUAGUCUCUUUCCUCCUGGAAUCCAGUAGCAAUAAUGCAGAUAUUGUAAGAACAGACUUGUCUUUGCAAACUCAAAAUGAUGAAGUGGGAGCUGUUGUUGCAAACAUCACUUCUUUAAGGAAUGAAGAUGAUAUUGGAAUUCAUGAAUGUGAUUCUUUACAGAGUGAAAAUGAUGAAGGUGUUAACAUUGAUGUUUUCCCUAGUUGUCAUCAGGACAAUGAAAAAGAUGUUGCUAAGGACAGCUUUUUUGACAGUGAAAAUGUUCCUGAAGAUAUCUAUUUGGAUAGUGAAAACCAUCACCCUCUAGAUGAGGACAUUGAUAUUUCUUCAUCUGGUUCCAAAAGCAUAUCAAAAUCUCCAAAUGAUGAGACAUGUUUGGAGGAGGACCAAGAUGGAGGAGAAUUGAAACUGAAAGAAAACGAAAUUGCUGCUAGUGACGAGUACAUGAAAGAUGAUCACUCAGAAAUCGUAGCAAGAUUGGAACCACUAUCAUCUGUUCCAAAGGUAGUGAAUGGAAUAACAUCAAAUAUUCUUGUUGAUUCGACAAGCCAUCCUGAAAAUUGGUAUUAUAAUAAUGAUCAUGAGAAUGGAGAAGACAGCAGCCAAGCAGCAGAAUUUGAACAUCUUAAAUUCAUGCUGCGUAAAAAGGAGAUGGAGCUAGCGGGAUUGAAGAAACUGAUCGAAAAAGAACAGCUUGCCUUAUCUACACUACAAUCUGAGACUGAGUUAAAGAUUAAGGAAGCACAACAACUUAUUUUAGAGAAAGAUGCAGAAUUACAAUCUGCCGAAGAAACCCUUUCUGAUUUGCAGGAGGUUGAGAUUCAGUUUCACGUCGAUGGAGAAACUAGUACUGUUGAGCUCGCAGGUAGCUUCAAUGGCUGGCACCAUCGAGUUAAGAUGGAUCAGUUACCAUCAGAAAGUAGUAAAUUGAGAUCUGGACAACUCUGGACUACAGUAUUGUGGCUUUACCCAGGAAUAUAUGAAAUUAAGUUUAUUGUUGAUGGGUACUGGAAACUUGAUCCUAAUAGACAAGUACUUACAAGGGGUCAUAUACAGAAUAACAUUCUCCAAGUAGUAGGGAAAAGAUAAUUCAAUUUUUAUUUUUUUGUAUAUGAUGUAAAGUAUCUAUUGAUCAUUUCUCAUAUUUCUAUGGAAGAUGAAUGUUUUAUAUCCAACUGCAGAGAUUAUUCUUCAAAUUUUCUUAUGUCUGUUUUUGUUUCAUUAUU